AUGAUGUUGUCGCGCCGUUUCUUUUAUCUUCUGGUUUUGCUGCUAAGUGUGGCAAUUGUCUGUGUGGCGACUGUCGAGCCUCUUCCUGUUAAAGUACCCGAAGUUCCAAAAGAGGUGGUUCCUGAGAAAAAAGCACCUGGUCCUCCUUCCCCAAAACCCGAAGUUCCUCCUCCUGAAGUAACUGAAGUUGAUACAGUUCACGAAGCUGAGAAACUUAAAGUUCAAGGUCAAGUUGGAGAUAGUAGUUCUUCUGAUUCCGUUAGUCCCGCUGGUCCUGCUGGCACGGCAGGUAAACAAAUUCCUUCUGUUUCUACUGUUGAAAAAGCCAAAAAACCUCCUGUUCCUGAAAAUGAUGGGGUGGAUGAAGAUACCGCGCAGGGUCCUGUUGUUAUUGGUCAACCAUUACAACCACAACCUUCUAGUCAACCUUCACUGCCAAUGCCAGUAUCUGGGGAGAAUUUGGCUACUGAAAAUCAUGUUACCAGUGGAUCAGGUAAAGUAACGGAUGAUGGUGCACACGCUGCACAGGAUCGUCCCGGUGAAAAUGGAACUGGUGGUCAACCUGCUGAUCCUGCAACUGCGGCAGGGAAUAAUGCUGCACUUGGUAGUAACAGUCAAACUGGAAACAACGACAACAAUGAAUCUGGUGAAAGUACAGAUAACAAGGGUGAUGCCGUCACACAAUCAUCAUCUUCCAGCGGUACAGAGUCAAAGAGUGAUGGAGAAUCUGAAACCACAACGACUGGAAAUGACACUACACCUGCUGAGAGUGAAUCAACAAACAGCCAAAAUACGGCAGAUAAUACAGAUACCACCACCACCAUCACUACCACCACAACAACAACACUUCCUCCUGAACUCACAAACAACAAGAAGGGUGAUGCAGACAGCAGCAGCAGUAUCAUCAGUUCUGUGUGGGUGCGUGUACCACUACUGAUUGUGGUUACACUGGCCUGUAUUCUUGUGUGCUGA